AUGGUGGAGGAUGAAGACCCCGAUCGACGUCCUAGAGCUCCGCUUGCAAGCAGGGCUAAGCACGCAACUCCUCUACAGGCUGUUACUCGUCCUCCUACUACAAGUACUCGGCGGCAGGCUGUGCCACGAGUGACUACGGAGAAGAAAAUGGGCAGGAGAAGGUUGCAGAAGAAAGAAAAUGGUAACCGGGGGAAGCCGAAGCCUGUUUCAAACAAUCUGGUCAAUGGGACUUGGGUGGAGGUCCCAGUUGGUGAUUCUCAGGACAUUAUACCCUCCCCGGUUAGAGCUAGGCUCAACCCACAGCGGGAUGAAUUCGUUCAGGCGGAUUCGGUGGAAACUAGCCCGGAUUUAGAGGCCCAACACUUUGACCUAGGAAGUAGGAAAUCCAAAGCCACGAUCCAUACCCAUCAGGCUAAUUAG